AUGCUGACUCGGUGGUUUUAUAACCGUAAGAAAAAGAUUUCAAAGCAUAAUCAUCCUCUUACCGAAGAUGUGGAGAAAAAGAUUGAAAGGAGAACCGAGAAAGGCAAAAGAUUUGCAGUUUACCCUGUCAGCGAUGGUCGAUUGCUUGUUAGAGGUGAUAAAAUCGACUGCUUAGUUGAUUUGGAUAGACGUACUUGCUCAUGUGGGAAGUACAACCUGAUGAAGAUACCUUGUCGGCAUGCAAUUAAAGCUGGUUUUCAUGUUGGCAGACAGCCACACACAUUGACUGAUUUAUUUAACACUACAAAAGCUUGGCGAGAAGCUUAUCAUGAAAGCAUCAAUCCUAUUGCUGUUCCUGAGGAUGCUUGGUCCAUGCCUGAAGAUGUUGUCGUGGUCAAUGUGCUACCACCAGAGUCAAGAAAAUCAGUUGGAAGGAAUAGAAAACGCAGACAUGAAACUGUUGAAGUUAAACUUCGGUCAUCGCAAACAUCACAAAAGAGGCAGCCUCGCAAGUGUAGUAGAUGUGGUAUUAGUGGGCACAACAGAGCAACUUGUAUUGAUGUUUCUGUUACAGGUUGGUCUGUUCAAGUAUGCAAGUUGUGGUGUUUGAAAGUGCAGUAUUGCCUUGUCUCGUAUGGUUUUUUCUUCUAA